AAGCAUCUUCCACUAGUAUUCACUAAAACUGUCAUCUUUUAAAUUUUGUAUAAUGCAAUUCUAUUUCUAUGUAAAAUACACACAAACAAAUACUGCUCUCUGUUCUCUCUUUUGUAGAGAAGGCCUUUGAGGAGUUGCUAACACUGAAGCUUGAGGGAUCUGCAGAAGCUGUUCAUAAUUUCAAAUGGCAGAUACAGCAAAGCUAUAUUCACCAAGAAAUGAGCUCAAAUCUCUAUUUUAUUUUUCAAGAACCAAAAAAUCUGUGUUUUUAACUUAUGUUUUCACUUUUUCUUUCAUUCUUUUCACUCUUUUCUUGGCCUUUAAUCCCAACCCUGCAAAUUCUUACUCUUCUUCUACAAUUUGGUUCAAGAACAUCUUUAAUGGCCUCACAUCUUCAUAUCAAAAUGUAAGUACUUUUUCUGCAAAUACUUCACAAAUACUUGUCCAUAAUUCUACUGUUCUUGAGCAAGAACCAUUAAUUGUGAAAACCCAGAAUCUGAAUUUUGAACUUGAUGGAAAAGUUGGAAACUUUACACAAAAUGUUACUAUUGAGCCUUCAGAAGUUAAAAAUGGGACUCAAAAUGAAGGGUUGCUUCAUAAAGCUGGAAUCUUUAAGCCAAAUAUAACCACAAUUGAGGUUCCACAAUCUGAGGAAGAGGUGAAAAAUCAGACCCUUAAGAAAGGCUUGGUUGAUAGAGCUGCAAUCUCGGAGCAAAGCUCAGGAGAGUUGAAUAAAAAUGUGAGUUCAGCAGAGGAACUUACAGGGCAUGGAGAUGAAAGAACUGAAGAAAAAGGGGUGGUCACCAAUUUAAGUACUUCUUUAUUAGAGAAAGAAAGAAAAGAGGUUCUUUCUGGUGAUUCGGAGAAAUCGAAAACUGAUAAGAUGAUGGAGGAGCUGAUGAAUUGUGAUCUUUUUGAUGGAGAGUGGGUGAAAGACGAUUCAUAUCCAUUGUAUAAACCUGGUUCUUGUUCACUAAUUGAUGAACAAUUCAAUUGUUUUCGUAAUAGUAGGCCUGAUCAAGAAUAUCAGCAGUACAAAUGGAAGCCAAAGGGUUGCACAUUACCAAGGUUAGAUGGAAGAAAUAUGUUGGAAUUGCUGAGAGGAAAACGAUUGGUUUUUGUCGGCGAUUCACUCAACAGAAACAUGUGGGAGUCUUUGAUAUGUAUCCUGAAAAACUUCGUAAAAGAUCCAAGCAAAGUUUAUGAAGCAUCUGGCAAGCGUCAAUUCCGAUCUGAUCCUCAUUUUUCCUUUGUAUUCAAGGAUUAUGACUUCACCGUAGAGUUCUUUGUAUCUCCGUUCUUAGUUCAAGAAUGGCAACUGCGAGAAAAAAACGGAUCAGCGCAUGAAACACUUCGGAUUGACAGAAUGUGGAUACCAGCAGUCAGAUAUAAAACUGCAGACAUUAUUAUCUUUAACACUGGACAUUGGUGGACGCAUCCAAAAACUUCCCAAGGGAAAGACUACUACCAAGAAGGAACACGUGUUCAUCGUGAACUAAAUGUUAUGGAGGCGUUCCGAAAAGCUUUGACCACAUGGUCGAGAUGGGUGGAUGCUAAUGUAAAUCCGGAUAAAUCGCUAGUUUUCUUCAGAGGCUACUCUGCCUCUCAUUUCAGCGGGGGGCAAUGGAAUUCAGGGGGACAGUGUGAUAAUGAAUCAGAGCCGAUAAAGAAUGACCAAUAUCUCACAGAGUAUCCGCCAAUGAUGAAAGUCCUUGAGCAAGUACUGCAAAAAAUGAAAACUCCAGUUUCGUACUUGAACAUUACAAGAUUGACUGAUUAUAGAAAAGAUGGUCAUCCGUCAGUGUAUAGGAAGCAACAAAUGUCGUCCAAGAACAACCGACAAAAUUUGGCAAUCCAAGACUGCAGCCACUGGUGCCUCCCGGGCGUACCAGAUUUAUGGAAUGAGCUUUUAUAUGCAGAACUGUUGGUAAAACAAUACCAGAAGCAACAACGGAAAACGCCGUAGGUAAAAAUAUUACAACACAUAACAUUGCCCCCGUGUGGAGUCCUUGAUAAGUAACUUACAAGUUAAAAUACGCGUACAUUUUCUUCGUCGUUUUAAAGAGAAUUAGCACAAACAGGCAUCCUGAAGAAGAUCAGAUUGAAGGGUGUAUUUUUUUUCCUUAUUACAGAGAAAUGACAGCAAAUGAAGGUUGUUCUUUGUUUAGUGUACAGUGUAAAUCUUCAACCAUACACUAUGUAAGUGAUGAAAUGUAAACAAUUAUUGAAAUUAUUGUGCUCAUGUGAUGCUACUUUUGUCUGA